GAUUGCCUAUCAACAAUACCACCUACACCCAAACUUGACUCUUCCACCACCACCAGCGAUAAAAGGAACCCACCUUAAUCAUUCGAAAAACAAAUCAAAAGCGAUUAUCGCAUACCACUUGAGCCCAAAGCUAAAAGAGCGCUUACUGCUCUUCAUUCCGAUCAAUCCUUAGCAGCGACACCACCACACCCCAUUCCUGCUGACUGCGGCAAACUGUCCUCAGAUCCCACCUUCACCACACAUCCAUUAUUCGAUUUCAUCAUCAAGAGCCUCUAGGGUGAUCACGAGGAGAUCUUGCACUGCAUACAGAUAUUCCAUUCAGCCAAAACCCUGUCCGUUGAAUAGGUCAUUGGACACCCCUUUUCAACAUUUGCAAAGAAACCAGUCGCAUUCUUUCCACGAGGUCGAUUAACGCACGACAUACCUGCAGCCAAAUCAUACUGAGUCGGACACCAACGGCCGUAUUUUCUUCAGCGAAAUCCCCCGAAUCGAUCGCAUCUCUUCGGCCCAUAUCUAAACUAGGUUCUUGAACUCGGAUCAAUUGCCUGCCUUAUCUUGAACAUUCACGGCAGCUGCGAAAGAAAUGCCAGGGGCGGGAAAACAAUAUCAGUACCACGUAUAGCUAUAACUACCGAAAGAUCGCCGCGAACAUGGCUUCCUCCUCUUUCAGAGAUUCCAUGAAUUCCUUGGGCUGGUCGCGUCGCGACCCGGACCUACCCGUAAACACUGCUCAGCAGACCGGUGGCCUAUUAUCCUCGAUCAAGUCGCUGAAUCCGUUCGGAGAUAGUGGCUAUGUUCGACUGCCUACCACAGAGGGUGCGGGUGCGCCUCUGCCUGGCCGAAAUCGUCGCGAAGAAGAAGAAGGAUGGUUUGCCUUGAGUAGGUGGGAUCGACUUCUGCUAUUUGCUGGGUUUAACAUCGGCGCAUUGGCUUGUUUUGUUAUAUGUUUCGUCUUAUUCCCGUACCUGAUCGUUCUUCCAACCAAGUUUGCGAUUCUAUGGACCCUAGGUUCAAUGUUAUUCCUCGCAUCAUGGGCCGCGAUGAUGGGCCCGUGGACGUACAUGAACCACCUGAUAUCAGCGCCACGCCUUCCGUUUACCGCGACUUAUUUCGGAUCCAUCGCGUUGACUCUAUAUUUCAGUCUGGGCCUUCGAAGCAAGCCGUUGACCUUGAUCUCGGCAAUUAUUCAAAUAAUCUGCUUGACUUGGUACCUGGUUAGCUAUUUCCCAAUGGGCUCUAGUGGUCUUCGACUGGCGACAAACUUUGGGGUUAAUAGAGCAGCUGCAUGGAUGUCAGGAUGAAGCUGCGGAAUCAAAUCAGGUAAUCCUUUGAAGCGACACUUUUGUAGAUCUAGCACAUACCCAUUUUCAUGCCAUAGUAAUUAUCUCGACGUCUCUCUCUAGGAGGUUUGUAUCAGUGUAUCAAUCAAUGUACGUAUCA